UCAAAAAAAAGAAAAGAAUAUGCCAAAUGUGACGGAGUAUCUUCUGACCAAUCACAGUCCACUUUGUUUCGAGGUGGACGACGGUUGUACGCAUGCGCGCAGGCGGCAGUGUGUGAUAUGAAAAGAGAGAAACAAACAUGGAUCCACAGAAAGAUCUACAACCUCCCAAACAGCAGCCUAUGAUCUACAUAUGUGGAGAAUGUCACACUGAAAAUGAAAUUAAGGCGCGUGACCCAAUCCGAUGCAGAGAGUGCGGCUACAGGAUCAUGUACAAGAAGAGAACAAAGAGAUUGGUUGUUUUUGAUGCCAGAUGAAGAAGAGGAGAGCAGCAGUUUUCAUUAUUACUUUUUUUUAGUGUAUGACCAUGUAAAUAAAUAGACCUCAAGGCCUCUUUUUGCCAUGUGUGAUGGAUGAAAGUUUUGGAUUAUUAAAACAUGAUUUUCACUGACUGUGA